AUGUCGGUUAGACAUAUCAGGAUUAUGCAUGGCUUGCGGGCGGGGCCUUGGCUGGGUUGCUGCUGCUGCUGCUGCUGGGGAGGUACCGGGGUACUCGUUUCUGGGGAUGAGGCGGAGGAGGAUGAGGAGGAUGAGGAGGAUGAGGAGGAUGAGGAGGAUGAGGAGGAUGAGGAGGAUGAGGAGGAUGAGGAGGAUGAGGAGGAUGAGGAGGAUGAGGAGGAUGAGGAGGAUGAGGAGGAUGAGGAGGAUGAGGAGGAUGAGGAGGAUGACGAUGGAGAUAGAGAGGGUGAAGGGUAUCCUUGA